CUUUUUCUUUCGACAUGAGUGAUUUAAAAGAAACAGCUGGUCCAGGACGAAAGAAAACUGUCCGAAAGGGCAUGUUCUCCAAAGACUUACGCUUAUUAAUGUACGGUUUCGGCGACGUUCCUACUCCCGCUUCUGAUUCAAUUGCAGUUAUGGACGAUCUCGUCAUCGAUUAUAUUACUGAAAUGUGCCAAAAGGCCUCUGGCGUCGCAGAUACCAGAGGAAAAGUGCGUGUUGAAGACUUCCAGUUUGUAUUGAGAAACGAUGCAAAAAAAUUAGCUCGUGUUGAAGAGCUAUUGUAUAUGUCUGAAGAUAUCAGAAGAGCGAAACAAUCAUUCGAUCCAAAGGAAAUGGAGGCGGGUGAAGAAGCUUAAUUUGCAGGGUAUCCGUCCCUCUUCCCCACACACUGUAAAUAUAUUAAAUAUCGCGAAUAAAUGGAAUCGAUUUCUUUUUUUUAUUA